GCUCGGCGAAAAAACAUAAAAAAAAUAAAAAAAAAUAGUGAGCUCGGUUUGGACUAAAGCGCUCCAAGCACCGAUUCAGAAUCAGUUUAACGUCAACGUCGGCGGCAUCAAGACAAUAUACACACAACAACACAAGCCAAGCCAUAUCAAAAAAUUGAAGAAAAAAAACAGAAAAGAAAAGACUAAAAUUUAGAGGCGGAGAACCAGAAAAGGGAAUACUAAUCGCACAAUUUUCGACGGCGAUCAGAUUCAAGGAACGAGAACGGAAACGAUAACGAAAAGAUCGAGAUUAAUGUUAGCGAGUUUAAAGACGCGAGUGAGCGCGGAACGAAGCAAAACGAAACGGAACAAACCGGGACAAAGCAUCAAGAAACGCUGCGUAACGGGAUCUGCUGCCUUUGUGUUUUUGUUGUUGUGCCAUAACCUUUAAGUGAGAGUGUCAAGAGCAAGAUCUCCCGAUUUUGAAACGGAACGAGAUGCAGAAGCGUCUUCCCGAGGUGUGAACGUGUGCGAGUGUGUGUGAGGUGUCCGUCCGUGUGUGUGUGUGUGUGCCUCAAUUGCCUCCGUUCCGAAAUCCGAAAUCCGCCAUCGAGCAUCCACCAUACAGCAUCCACCACCCACAAUUCCACCCACCAACCCACCACCCGGGAUCGACUCUACGUGCCAUUGUGGAUCUGGAUCUGAAUCUUUAGCGCAAAUUGAGACAACUCUCGCCGUCUCACUUAAGACGAACCCGAGCUGAACAGAGGAAUAGAGCCAAAGGAGAAAAGAGAAUAAAUCAGAGAAAAGAAAGAAAGGCACACACGGCGAAGGAAGGAAAAGAGAAAAUCAACACCAUUGAAGUGGGGAUUGGGGAUUGCUCGGGAUUUGGAUUGGGAUUGGGAUUGCGAUUGAGAUUGCGCUUCAUACAACGGCGCAUCGCAGUUUACGAGUGUCCAUCACCACUACAACACCGUGCAGCAAUGGAAGACUAUUGGGGUCUUAGCAGCACUACGGAUAUAAAUUGCACUCAGCCCGCCAUCGAUGACUUUCCCAGAGACUUGUUCUCGGAGGCGCAAAGACAGUCCGGUGCUGUUGUACUUCAUGUUAUAGCCAGUUUAUAUUUAUUCGUAGCCUUAGCCGUAGUGUGUGAUGAGUACUUUGUGCCAGCAGUUGAGAAAAUAUGUGCAGCACUCAACAUGUCCAAUGAUGUCGCGGGGGCCACGUUCAUGGCCGCGGCCACCUCCGCCCCGGAGCUCUUCGUCAACGUGAUAGGCACCUUCAUCACGGAGGGCGACAUCGUGGGCACGAUUGUCGGAUCGGCGGUGUUCAACAUCCUGGCGGUGGCAGCUUGUUGCGGCAUCGGAGCUGGCAUGACCAUACCCCUGGACUGGUGGCCACUGACGCGGGACAGCAUCGCCUACGGAGUCACGGUGGCCAUCCUCAUCUGCGUGAUGCACGACGAGCGAGUCGAGUGGUACGAGGCCCUCAUCCUGGUCUCCCUGUACGCCGUUUACCUGGCAGUCAUGUAUUUCGACAAGACCUUCCAGAAGUGCGCCAAAGGUGGCGUUAAACAGGCGCGUUCGCGCAGCCGGUCCUCCAACUGCAGCAUACACACAAAGAACAGCAAUGAGAAGGAACCAGAGCUCGUCGAGAAUCGCAUUUGCCAGAACAUGGCCAACAUCCAGCUGAACGGAGGACUCAACAAUGACCAGGCCAAGGCCACAGGCACCACCGGUGGCGGAACCACCACCACUUCGAUCACCACCUCGACCAUAAGCACCACCAGUGCUGGAGCCGGAGCAGGAGGAGGAGGAGCGGCGGGAGGAGCAGGUGGUGUCCCUCCGGGAGCAGGUGCCAUUGCCCAGAUGGCGCCACUGGACGGUGGCGAGGCAGAGGCCCAACCUGGUGGGGCUGCCGCUGGCGAGGAUCGCGAGGAGGAGGGCUACUCCCUGCUCACCUACCCGAAGGACAAGAGCUGCUUCGCCCAGUUCACCUGGCUCAUCAUCUGGCCCAUCCACCUGCUCUUCCGCAUCGCCAUUCCCGACUGCAAGAAGGCCAAGAACAACAAGAUCUUCCCGCUGACUUUCAUCAUGUGCAUCGUCUGGAUCGGAUCGCUGUCCUAUGUGGUUGCGUGGAUGAUAACCAUUAUUGGUGACACCCUCAAGAUUCCCGACUCGGUGAUGGGGAUUACGUUCCUGGCGGCUGGAACCAGUGUUCCCGAAGCGGUGUCCAGUGUGAUUGUGGCGAAGCGCGGUCACGGAUCGAUGGGGAUCUGCAACUCGAUCGGGUCGAACACCUUCGACAUCCUGCUGUGCCUGGGCGUGCCCUGGCUGAUCAAGGCCGUCUUCUUCCCGAUCCAGCCCGGCCAGAACUACGUGGCCAUCAACUCGGCCGGACUGGAGUACUCGGCGAUCACCCUGCUGUCGACGCUGUUCCUGCUCUACCUGACCUUCUCCACGAACAAGUUCAAGCUGGACAAGAAGGUGGGCACCGCCUGCCUGGUGAUGUAUCUGGUCUUCAUGGUCUUCGCCUCCCUCAUCGAACUCAAUGUGUUCUUCCGCGUCAACCUGCCCACCUGCGGCCGAUCAUGA